AUGCUGCCUCGUUUACUUGCCUUAAUUCGCACAUCCGAAACAAAAUUCGUUUCCGCAGUACCCGGGCACGCUCCACCUGGUGCAAAGGCUACGUUCGGUGGAACAAUAGUGGCACAAUCGUUAUGGGCAGCGAUUAAGACCACCAGCUCUUCUUUUGAACCUGCGUCGCUCCAAUGUUACUUUCUAGUGGGUGGUGAUCCAAAGGAACGCAUUAACUACGAGGUAGAGCUGCUAAGAGACGGCAGGAACUUUGCACAUCGCCUGGUGCGCGCGUACCAGUUCAAAAAAGUCAUUUGUGUUACUACAAUUAUGCUGUACAAUGCACAAGCCUCCCGUCCUCCACCGAGUGAUGACUCCGUCUCCUUUCUCGAAAACAUGGGAAAUUUCCCUGAACUAACAGAAAUGCGCCCUGCCGCCCAGCUUUUUGAACACAAAGUUGUUGGGAACUUUGAUAAAUAUCAGCAUUUGCAUGCGUCUUGGAAAAGCCCUGAAGUUCUUAAGCCAUUUAUCAAGCGGUUCGAGUCAGGAGCGGUAGAGUACCGAUUCCCAGAAGACAUUUUCGAUUCAGCUGAGUACCGCGGCAAAGACAAGCAACAGCAUCUUACGAAGCUCGACUAUUAUCAGCGUGUGAGGAGACCCUCUUCUAGGCACACCGAAGAAAGUGAAGAAAUAAACGAUCCCAGAUUCCAAUACGUUCAAUUUGCAUAUUUGACGGAUGCGUAUCUGUUACUGUGUUUACCAUAUUUCCAUUUACUCCCGCUAUAUUGUCACAAAUUCAGUGUGUCCCUGGAUCACACAAUUCACUUUCACAAACGGCCCAACGUCCAAGAGUGGCUGGCCUUGAGAGUUACUAAUCCUAGAUCACAAAACGGGCGACAUCUUGUUCAUGGAGAGUACUACGAUAGCAAUAAGGAGCCUGUAGCUUCGGUGACACAAGAAGGGCUUGUGAUCUACGAUAGCCCCGCCAAGUUGAGGUCCCGUUUUUAA